AUGGAUGUGGACGUGGACAUGGACGUGGACGUGGACGUGGACGUGGACGUGGACAUGGACGUGGACGUGGACGUGGACGUAGACGUAGAUGUGGACGUGGACGUGGACAUGGACAUGGACGUGGACGUGGACGUGGACGUGGACGUGAACGUGUACGUGGACGUGGACGUGGACGUGGAAGUGGACGUGGACGUGGACGUGGACGUGGACGUGGAGGACUUGGACGUGGACGUGGACGUGGAUGUGGACGUGGACGUGGACGACUUGGACGUGGACAUGGACGUGGACAUAGACGUGGACAUAGACGUGGACGUGGACGUAGACAUGGACGUAGACGUGGACGUGGACGUAGACGUGGACAUGGACGUGGACGUGGACGUAGACGUGGACGUGGAUGUGGACGUGGUCGUGGACGUGGACGUGGACGUGGACAUGAAGGUGGACGUGGACGUGGACAUGGACGUGGACGUGGACGUGGACGUGGACAUGGUCCUGGACGUGGACGUGGACGUGGACAUGGUCCUGGACGAAGACAUGGACGUGGACGUAGACAUGGACGUGGACGUGGACGUGGACGUGGACAUGGACAUGGACGUGGGCUUCUAG